AUGGAAUCAAUGGAAUAUGAGCUCGCUAGAAAUCUCACUCUAUUGUUCUUCGUGGAACGCCUGCUCGAUAAAGGCGAGCCGAGAACGUUGCACGAUCUUUCCUGCCAGUUUGGUGCCAAGGGAUUCACAAAGGAGAUGCGUCAAAUCGCUGGCGGGUCGCAGUCGGGCUUAAAAAAGUUCCUGGCGCAGUACCCGGCGUUGUUCAGCAUAGACGGGGACUAUGUUGAUAUCAACACAUUCCAGAGACUCCAGAGUGGCGGUGGCGCGUCAUCCAAUAAUGAUUACAUUGAAGAGGCAAAAGAAUAUUUCGCUAGCAAGAUGAUCCAAUACGGCGAGGGUACGGAGGUGCCCAUUAAAAGUCUCCUGGGUCAUCGCAGUCAAGCUUCACCACAGGUACGUCAUAUUUCUGGGCAACGCAUCAAGGAGUUCAAAGAUUUUCUUAUGAAGCACCCCGAUACGUUCCAGAUCAUUGAUGAUAAUGUUGUUCUAGUCAGUGAGAAUCAUAGAAGAGGUAACACAUGCAGCAAUUCAGAGCAGUUUCACAAUUUACCUGUAGCUAAUAUUAAUACAGAUACAGCACAGCAAUUGUUAGAUUAUGUAGCUCAGUGCAUUGAGGCUAAAGGUCCUGUUAUGGUAGAUCAGCUAUUUCACUUGAUUAUUUCACGUUUUCCACAAGAAUAUUGGUACCAAAUGUUUAAAACACCAGCAGACUUGAGCGCCUUUUUGAAAAUAUUCUCAGACUGUUUCCAUGUACAAUCAAAUCUUGUUACACUAAUUAGUAAACCAAAAAUACCCGUCAUGUAUUUAAAUGCAAAAUCAAAAACAAAGACUGAUCCACCAAAGCCCAUUGCUGAAGAGAAACCUAUAUCUCCAGCACCACCAACAGUGGUAAGUCCAACACCUUCAGAUGGCAAGAAGAGCCCUGCAAAUAGAAUACUCAGUCCUGUAGAAUCUCCCCGUGGUCCACAAGCUAACAUUGCGAAUCAGACUUUGAAGCAGCGGAUCAAUUCUAUUGUUAUAAAGAACUUGGCUGAAAAUAUGGUCAGAGACAGGGUUAACAAUCAUUUAAAUACCCGCUGUUCAGAAGAAAUGAAUGGCACAGCAGUUAGAAAUAAUAUGAUGGGGGAUGCUUGGCGACAAAAAGUUAUCCAAUGUACAACAGUUAUAGCUAAUGUUAGGGAGUGUGCUACACUCAUUGAUAGUAUAAUGAACCCCAAACGCCACUCAAAAAGUAUUGUUUCCUUUGAUUGCGAGGGUAUUAACUUGGGUCUUAAAGGUGUCUUGACUCUAUGUCAAAUUGCUACUAUGAAUGGGGAAGUGUAUAUACUGGAUAUAAUGGCAUGCCCUGGUAUGGUUGUAGAAGGCAAAAUUAAGGAGUUACUAGAGAGUGAGAAUGUUAUUAAAAUUAUUCAUGACUGCAGAAAUGACUCAGUCAAUUUACACAAUCAGUUUGAAAUUACCCUCAAGAAUGUUUUUGAUACACAGGCCGCCCACGCAGUUUUGCAAUUACAACAACAAGGUGUCCCAGUUUAUAAAGUUAAAAACCUAAGUCUAAAUGCACUCUGCGAAUUGUAUAAUGCUCCAAUGAACCCUAUGAAGGAGCAACUUAAAAAUGUUUACCGUAGGGACCAACGCUAUUGGGCUAGGCGUCCAUUAACAAAAGAUAUGAUAAUUUACGCUGCUUCAGAUGUUUUAUCUUUAGUUAAUCCUGCAAUUUAUGCUUAUAUGUCGUCUAAUAUUAAGCCAGAAAAUCAACAACUUUUUGAGGAGUUGAGUAAUGAACAAGUGUUUAUGCACAUACAACCAACAGAAGUAAAAUUACGUAAACGACAGAGAAAAAUUAACACAGAAGUUGGUGAAUUAAAGCAAAAAUUGUCCGAGUCUACAAAGAAUAUAGUCCUAAGUAACAGAGAAAUAAGAUUACUGAGGUAUUUAGAGCUUACUGAAGAAGAGAAAGAGAAGUUGAAGGGCUGUCAUAAAAUAUCAAAGAAAUUAGAAAAAUUGGAAGCUAUUGGCCAAGAAAAAGACAGUGACUCGGAAGAUGAUGAGAGAGAAAAUGAGAUGGCUAGCUUGGAGUCAAAUCCUUCCGAUUCAAUUUCUUCGCCACAUUCGACACAACCUCCAAGCCUUACGGAGUCCAUGCAAAUGAUGGAUGAAAUUUUGUCAGACACAAACAUGGAUAAAGUGGAAAAGAUAAAUCGCUUGGAAGCAAUUUUAUCAGCUGUAGCACCACUCAGUGGAGAACUGGAAGACAAGUUUUCACAAACAAUGGAACAAACACUGCCUUUACUUAAAAACAAAGAUUGGUCAAAUUUAAGCCAAAUUUUAAAUAUAGGUGAUGGGGAUAGAAAAAAUUGCUGCUGUAAAUGCCAUAAUCCAACAUUUGAAGACUCAAAAUGCAAUGAUCUCAAUGAAACAAAGAAGAUGGAGGUUGGCUCACAAACCCUCAGCACAGGUGAUAUUGUAAUCACAAGGAUUCAUUUCAGAGAGGAGGAUAAGUUAAAUGAGAGAAUUCUCGAUGCAACACCAUUUAAUAAACGGGUAGGCAUAAAUAACUUAUCUUGA